UUGUCUUCGGAUACAGCUGCAAAUUGUUUCGAGAUGACGAGAGAGCCAAAUUGAUUGAUCAGGGCAAACAUUUGAUACCUUGGAUGGGCGAUAACACGCUGAUGAUAGACAGGCAUCGAAGCAAUCUGGAUCAACUGUUUAAGGCUUUGUGCAGGUGUACCGUGGCUAAUCACGUGUGGCAGUGCUUUUAAUAUGCACUACACAUCAGACAGACACUGAGCUCAUUAGCGAUGGCUUGCUGACAAUCAGGGCAUCCCCAAAAGCAGCAAGGUGAGACACAGCGUAGAGAGACAGGUGAAUGACCGAUGGUCAUGAUAUAAACCAUGGCCGAUCGGGCUGGUAUGUAUUAGAGCUUUAGUUUCAAUUGGUAAAGCCCUUAUGAUACUACCAGUUACAUUGGCUGCUAUAUCUCCAUUAAUUUAAUCUUCAUUAAUUAUAUUCUCAUGUUGCUAUUAAGACUUUUAUGUUUUGCCACACACAGUUCCUCAAUUUUUCAAAUAUUUCAACAACUUCAUUGUUUAUAAGAGUAAAGUGAUGAAGAUAACUACUUUUUACAUCAGACAAGUUUAAACUCAACACAAUUUUUAUCUCUUCUUGACAAGUUCAUCUCUAUUGAUUCAUUAAACUUGAAGGCUGAUGAUUGCACCAAUCAUAUAGUGAUCUUCCAUUUUUUGUUUUUCUUCAAACACUUGAUAAAAAUUAAACAAAUAUCAAACAAUUCUAUGGCAGACUGUACUGCUAAAUAUUUUUCUAUUUUCAGAUGCAGAGUGAAAGCAGAGACUUUUAAAUUAUAUUUUUGUCAUUACAUGGUUUUAAUUCAAUUGUUUUAUGUCUGUAGAUACGAUGGCCGAGGAGCCUUGGGAGAUCUUCGGAUAUAUGAGCCACCACCAGGUGGACAUGACAUUCGGACUAUUCUUACUGAGGAGGAGUACAAAGUUGAGCAGGCAUGUGAUGAGGAACGGUAUCGGUCUCUCUACAAUAAUGAUGCUGAGGAAUCAAUGUACCAUGAGGAAGAAAUCAAAAGGCUUCAUCAGGCACUGGAUGCUGAAAAUUCAUAUUCUCAAGUAGCAUUUAACUAUGACGAUGAAAAAAAAUUUGCUGAAGACUCACAGAGCCCAAAGCAAUCAGAAGGCUCUUUUGAAGAAGAUGAAGCAUACAUAGCUGAGCCUGAUUUGGAUGUUCCAGUUGAUAUGAAAGUGCCUGAAACACAAAAACACAAUGCAAUCAUUACAAAAACGGCAUUGUUUAUCAGCCGUCAAGGGGGUCAGAUGGAAGUGUUGAUUAAAGCAAAGCAAGCAAACAAUAAGCAAUUUGAAUUUCUGUCUAUGGAUGGAGAGCUGCAUCCCUAUUACAAGCACGUUUUAGAAGCUAUUAAAUCUGGGAAAUAUAAUCCAGAAAAACAACCUGAAAAGGAAGAACCUGAGCCUGCUGAAGAGUCAGAGGAAGAUGACGAACCAUAUUUACAUCCAAGCCUUGCGUCAUCUUUCAAAGUUGAAUUGGCACCAAGUAUCCCAACUAUACCAAACAUCAGUUACAAGCCAUCAUCAGAUUGUGCCUACUCAUUAUUAGUCAAUAAAAUCACCGGGAAACCGCCAGCAAUAAAGACUCAAAUGCAGCCAGAAGAAAUUAUUCCUCCACCGCCACAACCACCAGCUACUUUCUUUCCACCGAUGCCACCAGGUUAUUCAUUUCCGACAUUGCCGCAGCAGUAUGCUCAUGGACCAGUUUUAUACGGAGCGAAUGGCAGUGCGAUGACAACUGUAACCACACAAGUUACUCCAAAAGUGUCGGUGCCAACUACUAACGUCGUUCAAACACCACAAAAGGAGCCUACGUCUUUAGUUCCGUACGGGCCUACGCCACCGAAACCUCUCAGCAGACCUUCUUUUAUUGUUCCACCGGCAGAUGUACAGAUUAUCAUCGAUAAGAUGGCAAGUUACGUUGCAAAAAAUGGACGCGACUUUGAAGCUAUAGUUAAAAGUAAAGGAGAUCCAAGAUUUAAUUUUUUGGAACUUUCGCACCAGUAUCAUGGAUAUUAUGCACACAAACUGACCAUUUAUGAGGGAGGCGUGAAUCCAAGAGUCCUAACAGAAGAAGAACUUUUACAAAAACAAGAAUUGCAAGAGGAAAAACAAAAGAAAUUGCAAGAAUUGCAGAAGAAACAGCAGAGGAUGGAAGAAGUGCAAAAAAGAGUGAUGAUGAUUCAGGCUAAAAAGAAAGGAGAAAGUAAUAGUGGAGAUAAUACUUCCAGUACAAAACAAAGUUCUAGCAAACAAAUCAAUCCGGUUUCAUUCUCAAUAAAAAAACCUAAAGAAGGUGAAAAUAGCGUAAUAGAAAAACGGAAUGCAUUGCCUUUAGAGGAGAGCGAUGACGAGUCUGGUGAAGAUAAAAAUGAAAAUAAUACGAAAGUUCAUUCACCACCACCGAUCAUUGAAGAAGUCAUUACAUAUCCUGUUAAAAAAGAUAAAAGUCCAACACCUCCGCGAAGACCUUUGUUAGAGAAGAAAUCAAAACCCAAACCCCCGGUGGUUCAAGUGGACGUUACUGAUUUCGUGGACCUCACUAGUGAUAUUUUCGAAGACUGUCAAAAAGAGAUACGUGAAAAACAAGCAGAAGAAAGAAUUCGAGAAAAAAUGUUAGCUGCUACCAAAGAAAAAUUAGCUGCUUCGAGGGAAAAACAGUUGCAGGCAGAAAGACGGAAAAAAGCUGCAAUGUUUUUGAGUCAAAUUCAUGCACCAACGAUUAAGAAACCAGAACCACCUGUCGUUAUGAUUGUAAAAGAAGAACCAAUGAAACCUUCGUUUCCUUCGUCCACGCGAGUAGAUAUUGAUAUAGAGGAAAUAAGAAUGUGUACAAAUUCUUUAAUGAGCAGAUUAAGGGAAGCAGAUUUGGAUCGACGAUCUAGACAGCGAUCAAGAAGCAGAAGUAGUAGCAUCAGUUAUUCGGAGAAACACAGGAGUCACAAGAAGCAUAAAAAGAAGAAAAGUUCACACAAAAGUAGUUAUCGAGAAAGUAUGAGCAGUUCACGAUCUCACAAAUCGAGAAAGAAUAAAAAAACGUCAAGACAUCGAUCACGUUCGCGAAGUCCUCACAAACAUCGGUCUUCUUCAUCGCGUCAUCGAAGAGAAAGUACUUCCAGUGAUUCAGAUUCUACAUCUUCUUAAGAAUUUUUAAAGUUUUUUGAAAAAUGUAUUAAUAUGUAAAUAAACAUGCUGUGUAUAUAGUCAUAAGUACAUCUUAGGAAUUUUCUCUACUGCGAUAUGUGUGAAUGAAAGAAUUUUGAAUAUUUGAUUCGGAUGUGUUUUGUAUUUUGAUUGACAAAAGUUUGUCGGAUGAAAUUCUUUUAUACUGUGACAUCAAAGUUUUCGAAAUCAUAUUUUGUUAAAAAUAAAUUGUAACGCUCAAUAAACAAAAAUAGUAUUCUUAGAGAAGAAU